AUGCAAACGACUCAAGUUUUUUCAACUAAUGAGUCUACAAAUAUAGCUGAUGGAACUCAAACUAUUCUACCAAGUCGUUCAAAAUACGAAGAACGUCUCGAAAAAGCAAUAAAAUACUAUUCAUCAAACGUAUUAGUCGCUCAAAUCGUACUUGCAUGUAUUUUUGCAAUUCCUGAACGUCGUUACGGUAUUAGUUAUAAGAAUCUAUGUCCCAUGCAAUCGCAAAUUAGUACGUUUCUUAUUGUUCAUGGCGCUACAAAGUUUUCUUGA